AUGUCAAAUAUCAAUACGGUUAAGAUUGAUUAUUCAGAAUACAGAACAAAAAGGGUUUACAACCCAAAAGUUCACGUAUCCGGAUGGUAUGAUAUUCAGAACGAUCUAGAGUAUAUAGAACAUUAUAACAAGGAGAAAGAAUUUUAUAUUGCUGAAUAUCCAAAAAACAAAUUCGAAAAAAGAUAUAAAAAUAUGAACAGAAAAAGCACAAAAAAUAUUUCUGAUAAGAAGGUGAUUUUUUAUCAGGAGGGUUAUGAAUCCGAAUCGUGGGUAACUGAAAAUAAAGAAUCAUACAAGGUGCAUGAGACAAAAUAA